AUGGUGUUGCAACUGGAAGACCGUGUAUUUGGUGCCUCUUUGAACCGCAGGUCUCAUAAUGUGAGCAGUAAUGCCUUGAGGCCAACUUGGGUCCCUUAUGCUUCAAUGGAGGUUGGCGAGGAAGUCUUGCUGUUCUCCCUGAAGCUCAUGAUGGAUGAUUGGUCCUAUCCGAGGCCUUCACACUUGUACUUCCUGGGUGAUGUUAUUAAUAUUGAGGCAUCCGUGAAGGUGUACAACCAUGUUCCGCUGCGUGUGUUUGUAGACCACUGCGUGGCCACCCAAGUACCUGAUGUGAAUGCCCUUCCGAGAUAUUCAUUCAUUGAGAAUCAUGGGUGCCUUGUGGAUGCCAAGGCUACAGCUUCCAGCUCGCGCUUCAUGCCUCGAUCCCAGGAAGACAAGAUCCAGUUCCAGCUGGAGGCCUUCAUGUUCCAGGAAGGAUAUAGUCCUUCUAUCUACAUGACGUGUAUUCUGAAGGCCACUCUUGCUUCUGCACCCAGUGAUGCUCUCCGCAAAUCCUGUUCCUUUGCCAAUGGGUGGUUUGCUGCUGAUGGGAACCACCAGGCUUGUGGUUGCUGUGACUCAACAUGUGGUCCUGAUGGUGGAAUUGCUGCUUCUCCUUUUGGAGUCAUUCAGUGGGAAGGCAAGGCCUCACUCGGUCCUGUAAUGGUUCAAGAGCGACCGAAGUCUUUAGCUGUUUUUCAAUAAAUGG